AUGGAUGUUAUUACGAACCCUAAUAACCGAAAGUGGUUCUCCUCCCUUGUUCAGAUUGUUUUUGUUGUGGUUGUUGUCUGUGUUGGUGUUGAUGUUGUUGUUGUCUCUGGCAAUGUUGUUUUCACAAGACCUUUCUGUGUAGAGUAUAGGUGGGAGAAGAGAGGUUCAGGGGAUUUGUUAUUGUUAGCAAACCCUCUACAUAUUCAACUUUUAUGUGAUAUUAUUGAUUGUGAUGUUACUGUUUUAACUGGUUUUAAGUAUAAAAGCAUUGAUGGUGAUCUUGUUGGUAUUCUUGGUGAUUCUUGGUUUUUAAAAACUGAUCCUGUUUAUGUAACUUGGCACUCUACAAAUGGUGUGAAGAAAGAAUACCAUAAGGAAAUUGUUUAUGCUCUUUUGAAAGAUGUUGAGGAGAUAGAUUCAUCAGCAAUAACAACAACUUCUUACUUUUAUGGAAAAUUGAUUGCUAGAGCUGCGAGGUUAGCGUUGAUAGCAGAAGAGGUUUUCUUAUUUGAUAUGAUUCUAAAGGUUAAGAUUAAGAAGUUUUUGAAGGAAACUAUUGAGCCUUGGCUUGAUGGAACUUUUAAUGGAAAUGGUUUUCUAUAUGAUCACAAAUGGGGAGGGAUUGUAACCAAACAAGGCUGUGCUGAUUCCAAUGAUUAUAUUGGUACUGAAUUCUAUAAUGCUCAACUUAAUCAGUUGGGGUAUUUUCUUUAUGGUAUUGCUGUUCUGGUUAAACUUGAUCCUGAUUGGGGAAGAAAGUUUAAGCCUCAAGCUUAUUCACUUAUGGAAGAUUUCAUGAACCUGAAUAUCAUACUUCAAAUUUCUAAUUGUAUGUUAUUGAAUUAA